CUAACGAGUUGUGUAACUUGAUCAAGGAGCACUUCCUUGUGCUGGAUCAAAACUGCCUCUCUAUCUCUGAAGCUCUUCAUCCUUGCCGUGGGAGCAAGGACGACGUACAGUGCAAAUCUUUUCUCAAGCACAUGAGCCCUUCUUCCAGAAUCAUUCAGAAUGCUUCCUGGGGUUAUAUGUCUGACGCUUUUACUCAUUUCUCAGGUUAAAGAAAAGGCAAUCCUGGGAGUAGAAGGUCAAGAACUGGCUUAUCUUAAAAGGCUUCCUCUGCUACAGAAGCGAGAUCUUGGACACCCCCAUGACUAUGACAUACCGGAAGCUUAUGAAGAAGAAGUAUUGUAUGAACUAAAACUAAAUAGAAAAAUCUUAAUACUUCAUCUUCUAAGAACAAGGGAGUUCCUAGCCUCCAAUUACAGUGAAACAUACUACUCCACAAGAGGAGAUGUGAUCACCAGGCACCCACAGAUCAUGGAUCACUGUUUUUACCAAGGAUCCAUUAUACAUGAAUUUGAUUCUGCUGCCAGUAUCAGCACGUGUAAUGGCCUCAGUGGUUUCUUCAGAGUACGUGACCAAAGAUACCUCAUCCAACCAGUGAAAUAUUCAGAUGAAGGGGAACAUUUGGUCUUCAAAUACAACCCAAGGGUGACAUAUGCUGCCAAUUAUUCCUGUGUAGAGUCAAAUUUUACCCAGAAAACUGCACCAAGCAAUACUAGAUCUAAAGAAGACACCAAAAUGGAAAGCACCCCUAAAGAAAAGUAUGUCGAACUGUUCAUUGUUGCUGAUGAUAACGUGUAUCGCAGAAAUAGUCAUCCUCAGAGUAAACUAAGGAACCGGAUUUGGGGAAUGGUCAAUUUUGUCAACAUGAUUUAUAAAACCUUGGACAUUCAUGUGACAUUGGUUGGCUUUGAAAUAUGGACAAAUGGAGAUAAAAUAGAACUUGAUUCAAAUAUAGAAACUACAUUAUUGCGUUUUUCAACUUGGCAAGAAACAAUCCUCAAAAAAAGGAAAAAUUUUGAUCAUGCACUGUUACUCAGUGGGAAGUGGCUCUACACACACGCACAAGGGAUUUCUUAUAGAGGGGGCAUGUGCCUGCCCUAUUCUUCCUCCAGUGUCAUUAAGGAUCUUUUACCUGACAUAAAUAUAGUGGCAAACAGGAUGGCACAUGAGUUGGGACACAACCUUGGGAUGUUGCAUGAUGAGUUUCCAUGUACCUGUCCUUCUGGAAAAUGUGUGAUGGAUAGCAGUGGAAGCAUUACUAUAAAAUUCUGUAAAUGCAGUCAUAUCCAGCAUCAGCAAUACCUGAAGGAUUAUAAACCAACGUGCAUGCACAAUAUUCCAUUUCCUGAGAAGUUACAUGAUUUCCCAUAUUGUGGAAACAAGAAGGUGGAUGAGGGAGAAGAGUGUGAUUGUGGCCCUGUUCAGGAGUGCACUAAUCCUUGCUGUGAUGCACACAAAUGUGUACUGAAGCCGGGCUUUACUUGUGCAGAAGGCGAAUGCUGUGAAUUUUGUCAGAUGAAAAAAGCAGGGUCCAUGUGCAGACCAGCAAGAGAUGAAUGUGAUCUUCCGGAAGUGUGUACUGGCCACUCCCCUGGGUGUCCCAAGGACCAAUUCCAAGUCAAUGGAUUUCCUUGCAAGAAUAAAGAAAGCUACUGCUUCAGGGGAAAAUGUCCCAGCCGUGGUGAUCAGUGCUCUGAACUGUUUGAUGACGGGGCAAAAAAGAGUCCUGAUAUCUGCUACAAAAUGAAUAAAAAAGGAAAUAAAUUUGGAUACUGCAAAAACAAAGACAACAAAUUCCUUCCCUGUGAAGACAAAGAUAUCAAGUGCGGAAAGAUAUACUGUGCUGGAGGACAGCACUCGUCUCUCCUUGGAGAAGACAAGACCUAUCACCUUAGGGAUUCAAAGCAAAAUGCCACCAUCAAAUGCAAAACCUUGUUUUUGUACCACAAUUCUAAAGAUGUUGGCCUGGUUGCUUCUGGAACAAAAUGUGGAGAUGGAAUGGUGUGCAGCAAUGGUGAAUGUUUAAAUAUUGAAAAGGUCUACAAUUCUACCAAUUGCCCUUCAUGUGAUGAAAAUGCUGUAGAUGGCCAUGAACCUGAGUGCCCAUGUGAAGAACAGGCACCUGGAUACUGGGAAGAAACCUUAAAUGUUACCAAUAUCGCCAUCUUGGUGGUUGUGCUCAUCCUGGUUAUUAUCGGUGUUGUGGUUGUUACAUUAUUAAUUCGUUAUAAAAAAUGUAUUAAGUUGAAGCAAGUCCAGAGCCCACCUAGAGAUACACGGGGAGUGGAGAAUAAAGGAUAUUUCGGUGAUGAGCAUCAGACAAGAACUGAGCCAGUCUUCCCAGAUAUCCAUCCCCCACAUAGAACUGCAGAGUCCUUGGAGAACCUUCCAACCAGUUUUUCAAGUCCCCACUACAUCACACUAAAACCUGCAAGUAAAGAUCCAAGAGGACUUGCUGAUCUCAAUCAAAGUGCCAAAGUGGAUCUUGGGCACGCACGCACACGCGCCCGGCAGUCUGAAAUUGGAUAUCCAAAAUGGCUAUGCGAGGCUAGGCUGAGGAUUAUGAUGCAAGACCUUCACAAUGUCCCCUAA